GGCGCUUUCUUUUUCAAUGGACUGAAUUUUCUUUGAUUGCUCUAUUUACGCAAGCGAAGCGAAUCGCUGCAAUUGCCCGGAUCCGGAAGCAUUGCGGCCUAGGCAACGCAAUUGCAGCGUAGUUGCGACCCGGGGAUUGCGUCACAGUGCGGGAAAUGCGAAUAAGGCGACCAUCUGUGCGGCGAUCGUUGGAAAACUCUCGAUUUUACAGUGGGCGCCCCACCAAGGACGACCUAGAAACGGCCUAAAAGCAGCUCGGAAAGUGGAACAGGUGACAUCACAGCGCAAUCAUGAUCCACGUCGGCGAGAACUCGUGGAAUCUGCGGAUCUUCAUCACGGAUCUGUCGCUGGAGAAGACGAUGCGCGUGCGCGGUGACCAGCACAUCGGGGGCAUCAUGCUGCAGCUGGUGGAUCCGGAGAAUCCGAAGGACUGGUCGGAUCACGCCCUCUGGUGGCCCGCCAGGAAUGUGUGGCUCACCAGGACGCGAUUAACCCUCGAUCAGUGUGGCGUCCAGGCGGAUAGCCUGCUGCACUUCACGCCCAUGCAUAAAAUACUAAGGGUGCAGUUGCCCGAUUUGAGGUAUCUCGACUGCCGCGUGGACUACUCUGUGAAAACCUUUUCGGCGGUGGUUAAUCUCUGCAAGCAGCUGGACAUUCGCUAUCCGGAGGAGCUCUCCCUUUGUAAACCACUCGAGGCGGAGCACCUGAAGCGCAACUUUGCCCAGGUGCCUCACCAGAAGCGGGUGCCCAUUGCCGAACCGGAUGGCACCACCUACCUGCAGCCGGCGGCGGACACCAACUCGUUUGUGCCGAUUAGCACCUCGUUUCACGGGGAUGGCGGAAGCACUGGCAGCCUGGACAAGCCCUCGGCGCCGGGAUCCUUCUUCUGCGCUCCCCUCUCGCCGCACAAUCACAGGGGACGAUCACCCUUGGCCUCGGCUUCUCCAUCACCUGGCACCUGGAAGCAGAGUCAGCUGGGCUACGCCACCUACGAUUCCAGCUCCUCGAGUCUGGGUGACUUUCAGGAGAAUCUGGCCAGCUCACCGCCCACUCCGUGCUCCGAUGUACGCGCCCUGCAGCUGCGUCCCAAGUCGCUGGUGGAGAAGGCCCGCCUGAAUGUGGGCUGGCUGGACUCGUCGCUUUCGAUCAUGGAGCAGGGCAUCCGGGAGUACGACACGCUGUGCCUGCGCUUCAAGUACUUCACCUUCUUCGAUCUGAAUCCCCGUUGCGACCAGGUGCGCAUCAAUCAGCUGUACGAGCAGGCCAAGUGGAGUGUGCUCAACGAGGAGCUCGACUGCACCGAGGAGGAGAGCCUGAUGUUUGCUGCGCUGCAGUUUCAGGUGAAUCACCAUGUGGAUUCCGCACCCCCGGUGGACUCGGGGAUCGAGACCUCGAGUCAGGAGAAUGACAACGACGAUGAGAUUGAUUCGGCCCUCAAGGAGCUACAAAUUACGCUGGAGGGACCGGAUUUUAACGGAGAUUCGCGGAACAUCACGCGCAUACCGGAGCUCUCCGACUAUCUGCGGUACCUGAAGCCGCAGAGAUUCACGCUGCGCGGCUACAAGCGGUAUUACUUCACCUACCGCGAUCUGCACUUGCAUCUGUUCAAGAACGCCGAGGAGUCGCGACGCGUGGCCCCGGCUAUCAGCAUCAAUCUGAAGGGCUGCGAGGUCACCCCAGAUGUGAAUCUCUCGCAGGGCAAGUACGCCAUCCGGCUGGAGGUCUCUCCAAAUAGUGGAAACGGCACCAACAGCGAGGUGCGGGUGCGCUGCGAGAACGAGCAGCAGUACGCCAAGUGGAUGGCCGCCUGCCGACUGGCGGCCAAGGGAAGAUCCCUGGCGGACAGCUCGUACGAGAGCGAAGUGGAUGGUAUACUCUCGCUGCUGCAGAUGCAGCGACCUGUGCAUGGGGUCCCGGUGAACAUUGAUCCGCGGUCUAUAGAAGCAGUUGAUUACCUGUCUCCCAAGAUCCACCGCAAGCUGUCCAGCAAGGCAGUGCAGCGGAUCCUCGAGGCUCACGCGAAUGUUAGGGACUUAAAUCCCCUCGACUCCAAGCUAAAGUACAUCCAGGCCUGGCGUUCGCUGCCCGAUUUCGGCGUCAGCCUGUUCAUCAUCAAGUUCGACGGGCAUCGCAAGGAGGAGCUGCUGGGCGUGGCACACAAUCGCAUCAUGCGCAUGGAUCUGAGUUCGGGGGAUCACAUCAAGACCUGGCGUUACAACACGAUGAAGGCGUGGAAUGUCAACUGGAACAUCAAGUGCAUGAUGAUCCAGUUCGAGGACGAGAACGUCGUGUUCUCCUGCCACUCGGCCGACUGCAAGGUGGUGCACGAGUUCAUCGGCGGCUACAUCUUCAUGUCGAUGCGCUCCAAGGACAACAAUCAAACGCUCAACGAGGAGCUCUUCCACAAGCUCACAGGCGGUUGGUCAUAGGACUCCUUAGUACUCCAUUUCAAUGGCAGCCAGUUUUGAAUUGUUCGAAUUUUCUUAGGAUAUACGAAUGUUUUUAUUGUUAACCAACUGAUAGACUCACAACUUCAAUGCAAUACCUGUAUUUACGUUCAUUUUACCUUUUAAUGCGUUGUUAACUAAUCUUGUUGAUGAUUUUUAACCACGAAAAUCGCUUGCCAGUGGCCCUUUUGCCUACCAACUCUAAAACAGACUUAACCGUGGCCUUUGCAAUGUUUUUGUAUGACUAACUUUUAAGUGUACAAUAAAUAAAUAAAGCCUUACCA